AUGGCCGACGAAUCUGGUUCUUCCGCUACCACCGGCGGCGGAACAGAGGAGUUUCACAAUUCAGACCUCUCGACUCUGCUUCGCCUUCUCCGGCAACAGCAACCAACACCUGUAACAACAACCAACAAACAGUACCAGUCAGUCAGUAUUGCUGUCAAACUCGAUGAAUUUAAUUUUUCUGUUUGGUCACGACUUAUGCGUAUGGCAAUUGGGGGAAGGGGAUCCCUCAGUCAUAUCACAGGAAAUCCACCACCACCGUUACCGGAGGACCCGGAGUAUACCAACUGGGAACAAGAGGACUUAAAAGUCCAGUCCGAUAUAAUACACAACUUGUCAUCAGAUCUAGUAGCCCUUUACGUUGAAUUUCCAACAGCAAGGGAUCUUUGGAACGGGCUAAAUGAAACUUACAGUACUGGCAGGGAUUACCUGCAACUGUUCGAUUUGAAGCGACAAGCCAACAACAUCAAACAAGAGGAUGGGACCAUCGAGACUUACCACGGGAUCUUAAGCCGGGGGAAAAAUCAGGCAAAGAAAUCCGGCGCCGCUACCGCCGCCUUGGGCGACGCGGAGGCCACCAGCAAGGACGGCAGCGGCGAAGGGACAGCACUGAUGAGCAGCGGUGGCUUGUCUGGUGAGCAGGGUAAAAGGCCAGUAGGAGAAGGUAUAAGGGUGCGGGGGAAGAAUUUACCCACAAGCCCUUUAAUUUCCAACCCUAGAUAUUUUUACCCUGGAGUUUUUGAUAUUGAUGCUUCUGAUUCUCCUGCUUGUUCUUUUUAUAAAUCAGUCCCUAUUGCUACUGAAAAGUUUAAUUUGAAUCCUCCUAGUAAUUUUGGAACAUGUGCAAUUAUAAAGAAUGAGAAGUGUUCUGAAUGGAUCCUUGAUAGUGGAGCAAGUGACACGAUGACGUUCGACCCUGGUGAUUUUGUGGCCCGAUCGGGUCCUCACAGACAGUCAAUAUGUGAUGCUAGUGGUGCUGUUGCUGCAGUUGGAGGAGCGGGGACUAUUGAGAUCACAAAAAAUUUGCACCUUAAGAAUUGUCUUUAUAUCCCGUCGCUGUCCUUCAAAUUAUUGUCUGUUAGUCAUGUGACCAAAGAACUUGACUGUUAUGUGCUAAUGGCUCCGACUUUUUGUCUCUUACAGGAUAUCCGGACAGGGACUUUAAUUGGAUGUGGCAUUGAGCGUGAUGGACUGUACUAUGUGGAAGAAGUUACCCAACCAGGUGUUGCGGCUUUAGCUCAUGGUUCCUCUGAGAGGCAGGCUUGGUUAUGGCAUAGACGGUUGGGACACCCGUCAGUGGGGUAUUUACGGAGUUUAUUUCCACAUGUUUUUCCCACCUUUGAUCUGUUUCUUCGGGAAAAAGGGAUUACUCACCAAACCACAUGUCCAUAUACUCCCCAACAAAAUGGGGUAGCUGAACGCAAGAAUAGACUUAUUCUUGAAAUGACCUGUGCCAUGCUUAUUGAAUCCCAGUCACCUACUUUCUUGUGGCCUGAAGCUGUGGCUACGUCUGUCUAUUUGUUAAAUCGCCUUCCUACUAAGGCACUUGCCAUGUCCACCCCUCUAGACGCUCUUUCCACUAUGUGUACCUUGCCGUCUGUUUUGAGCCUUGAACCUCGUGUUUUUGGUUGCACAGUCUUUAUUCAUGUUCCUAAAAUACAUCGGACCAAGUUUUCCCCUUGUUCUGUCAAGUGUGUGUUUGUGGGCUAUGGAAAGUCUCAGAAGGGGUAUCGGUGCUAUGAUCCCGCUACUCGUCAGAUUCAUGUUACUCUUGACUGCCAUUUUCUGGAGACUGAGUAUUUCUAUGCUUCCCAACUCAGUGGUCAGGGGGAGAAGGUGAAUGACUCACUGACUUGGUUAAUGAGUUCCAGUAGUGGUGGAACGACAAGGAACGCUGCUGAAGAACCCAUAGUACAGUCAACGCCUCAUUCCCUGUCCGGAGAUCCUUCCCCAUCACCCCCUGUAAGUCCUCCUAUGAGUCCCUCUUAUAUUUCUACUCAGUCUAGUGAUGGUCCUAAUCCUUCUCUUGAGGUUUCUCGUGAUAUUCCGGGGAAUACCGUGGACGAAGAGACAGGUGGUGCUGACGAGCAUGUUGAUGUGCUUCCAGAACGUUAUGUUUUGCCACCACGGCACAAUAGGGGGGUCCCAGCCAAACGAUAUGAACCAGAGCAUGUACCUAAAACUACAAAGUACCCAGUGGCUAAUUAUGUCAGGGGGAGUGAGACGACCAUGGCUCAAGCAUUCAGUCUGGCUAUUUGCUCUGUGGAGAUCCCGAGAAAUGUUGAAGAGGCUCAAGAACAGGAGCUGUGGCAGAAGGCUAUGGAUCUGGAGAUGGAGGCUCUUGUGGAAAAUGGUACAUGGGAAAAAUGCCAGCUUCCGCGUAGAAAGAAAGUGGUGGGCUGCCGCUGGGUCUAUACCUCGUUUGCACCAAAUGAGGUGUGUCGACUGAAGAAAUCACUCUACGGGCUCAAGCAGUCUCCACGAGCAUGGUUUGGACGAUUCACUCAGGCGAUGAAGAAGUAUGGGUAUAGACAGAGUCACUCUGACCAUACUCUGUUUCUCAAAAGGAGGAAGGGAUAUGUCACAUGCUUAAUUAUCUACGUGGAUGACAUGAUCCUGACUGGUGAUGAUAAGGAGGAAAUGGCACGGCUACCUUCUCAGCAAUUUGGCCCAUCAAGUCGGCCUCCAUUUUAG